AUGCUUCGUAUAUUCAACGCGUAUUUCACCGACCUAAGCCCAAGCCCUGUCUACUCAUUUCUCCACAAAGCAACGGUGAUCCAGAGGUACCACGCAGGACUGAUGGAUCGGCCCUUGUUGUACGCGCUUGUCGGUAUAACAACCUUGCUCUCCGACGUCGGUAUGGGAAUGGAAGGCUAUGGCUCCAAGUGCAUUGAUCUGUGCCAGCAACUGAUUCUGAGCGACCUUGACCAGCAGUCCGUCAUCAACAUUCAGGCCCUGGUAUUGGUCAUCAAGUACCGGAUGAUGUCUCGACAAUUUGUGAGGGCAUUCAUGCUACUGUCCCUCGCUGCUCGAAUGGCCUACGGCGUCCGCCUCAACUUCGAAAACCCGCGAUUGUGCUUCCUGGCCCAAGAAUCGCGGCGAAGGCUGAUGUGGUCGUUGUUUCUGCUCGACGGGAGCCUUGCUUCGGGUCUCACAGACUUCCAGCUUUUUCGCCCUGGGUCUAUUCACGUUCAACUUCCCUGCGACGAGCGACACUUCGAACUCAACCUGGCUCGGAAGACGGAAAUGUUGCAGCCGCCCGAGGAUGGAUCGCCUCCUGAUGACAUCGGACUUCUGGCAUUAAACAUUCGCAUCUCGUCGUUGCGAUACAGGAUUCUUCACUUUUUGAAAACAUUGGCCAUGUCGCAGACCCAUGACGCCGAACGGAUUCAACGGGAGGUGUACACGCUCCAGGCGGAACUUGACGCGUUCGUCGCGCGCCUACCGUCUUGCUUUGCCUAUUCCCGGAUCAACCUCCAGUUGUGUGCCUACAGCCCAAGACUGGCGCCCUUCAUCAUGAUCCACAUUCUGCGGCAUCAGUGCCAUUGUGACCUCUACCGCCUUUCGCUUGCAGGCCUCCACGAAGCUCUGCCACAGUCAGUGCUGGAGUGCAUGUCACCCGCUUUUCUUUCAUUAUGUCGAGAAAAGUGUUUUCAACAUGCAGAAGCCAUGGUAGAAAUUUACAAUUCGGUCAUGUCUCUGAAGACGGGUCUACCUUCAAUGGAUCUCGACUUUAUCGUGUCAGUCUACCAAUGCGCCAGGAUCUUGUUCUACCUCUUCCGAACAAAUGCGCUUCCGUCAGAUAUCGAUGUUGAGCACAUCACGAAGCAGGUAAAUUCGUGUGCUAAAGCCGUGGCGGCACUAAGCCGUCCGACGGCUGCUGUUUUAUCAAUUCAAAAGGACCUAGACACUCUUUUACAGCGCGGCUUCAGCAACAGGUCCUCUUCAGCAAGCCCCGAGCCCGAUGAGGCAGGCCUCGAAAAUAAAUCCAUGGCGGACGUUUCGCGUCGUGUGCUAUCAAGACAUAGCUACGCCAAAGAAGUGGGUCAAACUGAUCACAGUGAGGCCUUGAUCCUGCCACAAACCUCGGAAGCUCAGCGGAGGGAAUUUCAGGGCAGCCAGAGUACCCCAAGCGAAACACAUGUACCUGACAGUACUGGCGCCAAUCUUGCACUGCCGAACGAGGCCCUUCAGCUACCUGCCCGAAUUUCGGGCGUGGCCAACGACAGGGGUGUCCGGACUGACUUUGAUGCUUUUCAAACUGAUCUGGAAGGCUUUGGCUAUGAUCUACAAUCGCCAGACCUGGGAUUCUCACACGAACCUUGGGGUGACUGGGGUAACAGCCAGUUUAUCUACCAAAUGCUGGCGAAUGAUCAAUGGUGA